AUGACGCGUCCCACCUCCUCCCCGCCUGCAGAAAUCGAGAUGCUGGUGGAUGACCCCCGGGAGCUGGAGCAGGCUGGCGAGAUGGAGGUGAGCCCUGACAUGUGCGUCUACAUCACGGAGGACAUGCUGCUGUCGCGCAAGUUCAACGGGCACUCGGGGCUAAUCGUGAAAGAGAUCAGCUCCUCUACCUCCAGCUCCUCAGAGACGGUGGUGAAGCUGCGGGGGCAGAGCACCGACUCCUUACCCCAGACGACGUGUAGGAAACCGAAGACGUCGACGGACCGGCACAGCCUGAGCCUGGAUGACAUUCGGCUCUACCAGAAGGACUUCUUGCAGUUGGCCAACCUCUGCCAGGAUACGGCCCAGAGCUACACCUUCGGCUGCGCCCAUGGGCUGGAGGAGGAAGGGCUCUACUGCAACGGCUGCUUGGCCCAGCAGUGCAUCAACAUCCAGGAGACCUUCCCCGUCAAAAGAACCAGCAAAUACUUCUCGUUGGAUCUCACCCACGACGAAGUCCCCGAAUUCGUCGUCUGA